AGCACGCCACAGUGCUUGGUGCACGCAUCAGGACAGGACAGAACCGAGUAGUGCUGUGAGGAGCCCCCCCACAGCGUGCUCAUUUGUGUCUGACCCAGCAAUUUUCCAAGGCGUUAUUCCUGCAGCUGACCUCGCGGCCAGACUGUGGGACUUGGUGAUCAGAAUCAUUUACGAGGAGUCUCCUGUCAUUGUGGCAGGAGCCCUCCAGACCACAGUGCAGGACUUGCUGUCCUGCAGCCUUCCUGAGGUGCUCCUCUGUCUCAGGUGUCUUCAAGGCUCAACUGCAAUUGUUGACUUGGAUAUAUCCUGAGGCAUCUCUCUAGAAGGUGCCUUCAAGGUUAGCUGGUGGAAUGGCGGGCAGAUUUCUCAGCCUGUGCAAAGUGUUCAGGGGGGGAAAAAAGAAAGGCCCUGGAGCUGCCCCAGCACAACAGCCUGAAGAGCCAGAGCAGAUCCAGACACUGCAGGAUGAUGCAGCCCUGGGCCGGACACAAGAGCAGGAACCCGCCCGUGGCCGCUUCCACAGAACCCUGAAGAUGUUCCGGAGGUUCCUGCGCAUUUGGCGUAGAAAGACCGGCAGCACAGCAGCUGAGGGCCCGGCCGAGCCUGACUCGGGGAUGACUGAGCUCCAGGCAGAGCCUGAUGUCAGCCCAGAUUCAGCUGAGAUCUCAGAAGAUUCUGAGGCUGGAAUGAAUGGUCAUAGGACAAAGCCUGAGAUGGCAGUGACUGAGGAUGUGGCCAUCACAACCGCCAAAACCAGAGAGACUCAGGGCCUCACAAAUACUGGUACCACGCCUGCUCCAACUAUGAUUCCUGCUCCCACUAUGGAUUUUUUCAAAGAGAGUGCUGUUCCUUCUCAGCAGUGGGUGCCAGCCAAGGUGAAGAACAUCCACCAGAGUCUCCUGUCCCACGUCUCUGCGGAUGCCAGGCUGCAAAGGGACAUUGUGAGGCUGGCUGAAGAACACCCUGCUGACGUGGUGCUGACCCUCCUGCGCUGUGCCCCAAUAUGUGACAGAGCAGCUGCAAUGAUGUGGAGAGCCAUAGCCUCAUCGGGACCAGCAGUGGAGAAAGUGCUGCCAACACUGCUCUGUGUGAUGGAGGACUGGCCACAGCACAGAAUGUGCACCUCCUAUGGGGACAACGAGGCUGUUUUUGCCCUGGCUGCAACUCUGGUGAUCUGGGUGAUCGUGCCUGUGUACAACAAGGCGACGAUCCCUUUUACUGGGCGAUUGUUUGUGGCUCUGCUCUUCCAUGUUGCCAUCACCACACAGCAGAUGCCACCAGAGGAAGUUGAUAACUUCUGGAGAGCGUGCUGGGAGGAACACCGCCUUCCCAGCGAGCCCAACAGGUUUGCAGUGCAGGCCAUGAAGGCUCUGCUCUACCGACUGCCGUGUGACAAGGUGGUGAUGGCUAUGGAGCGCAAGCGUGGCAGGGACACGCUGCUGCAUGCUCACACCCAGCACUAUGCCGUGGGUCUGCUGGCCAGGGAGAUGCGCCGUGUCUCGAUCCUUUUCUGUUCUUGCAUCGCACCCCACGUGCUCUGGCACCUCAGCAGGGAGGAGCCGUGCUGGGAUCUGCCCUUCCUGGCAUUCCUUGUGGAAUGUGAGCCUGUUGGUCCUGGAUUGCCUGGAUUUGAGUAAAUGUGGUGGCAGCGUCCUGAACAUCAUGUCAAGGCACCUCCAGAGUGAAUGCAGUCAGAGGCAUCGCCUGGCACUCAGAGGC